AUGAAAUGCCCGCCACCGUCAGACACAGAUGACUGGCAAAGUGGCAAUCACAGAGUUUUAUACGGAGGUGAUCAGACUCUCAGCGUGACUGAUCGCUUACCACAGUUUGAAGAGAUGACGUCUGGGCAAGAGGCCAUAGAAAAACUAUCGCAGGAGCUCGUCGGCGGGCACGAUCUCAACGCGAGGCUCCUGGCAUUGCUGCGCCGCGGCCCCCUCGACGGACGUGGGCAGGAGGCGGCCGUCGCGAUGAGCCAGGAGCUCUCCCGGGUGUUCAUGGUGUCUCUGUUCAUGCUCAGGUCGGGAGACAGUAGCAGAGUGGCGGCGCCAGGGGCGACCAUCGCUGAGGGUGGCAUCGAUCAGCCGACUCCGACAAAUGAUAUUCCUAUCUGUGGUGGAGAAGAGGUUACUCCUACAAGGAAGGGUAGACAAAACGGGGUUACCUGCAAGGAGAUUACAGCCUCGCCUCAUAGUGAUGGUUACCAGUGGAGAAAAUACGGGCAAAAGAACAUUCAGAACAGAAAAUUUGCAAGGUGCUACUACAAAUGCAUGUUUAGCCAUGACCGCGGUUGCAGGGCGAAGAAGACGGUGCAGCAGCAGGAUACCAGCGGCGGCCGGCGUCCCAUGUUCCAGGUCACCUACGUGAACGAGCACAAGUGCCAACAAGAAGUAAUGCUUCCCAGGGAAUCUAUCGGUGGGAACAAGCACACGACAAGGAGCGGUCAUUUCGAUCCUCAACGCGCCAAAUUGGACGACGACGUCAUGGCCUCGUGCCUCGCCAUGGUCAUCGGCGGAGCUGCGCCUGCAGGUCUAUCGUCCUCAUCCUCACCGCCGCCGGUCGUAAGAGCGAGCCCGAGUGAUCCGGUCGGCGGGCGUACGCCGACCCUGCUGGACGUGAGCAUGGGCCUGGAUGAGACGACGGUGGCGGAGAUCUUGUGCCGCUCGCCAUUUGCUCCCGUGAAGGCACCUGCAGCUCCGUCUUCGUCGUCGUCGUCGCUGCCCGUGGAAGCGAUCAACUUGAGUGAUCCGAUGCGGGCCGGCGGCGGACUCCCCCGGAGCACGGACGCUAUGUCGAUGGACGAAAUUUACUUCCCGUGCGGCCCGCUGUUUUCUCCCUUCGCGGCUCAGUCGACCAUCCAUUCGGUCGACGUGCCCACGGCUGUUGCCCGGUUCACGGACACCGACUCAGCGUGGCCAUACUACUUGUGA